GGAAAAUAUGCCAGAAUGUGGAUCUGAUAGACAUGUAAAUACCUUUAUUGACAUUUUGCUCGAAUAUUUUCUUUGAAGUAGCUAUUUAUUAGAGGAGAAGAGUCAUCAUGAAGUUUUCACGUGAGAAUCUCAUUCACAACCAGUCUCCUGAGUACAGGCAUGCUCUACAAGAGCUUAUAAAAUUUGAGCUGCAGGCUUUGGUGGAGCGAUUGUCGGCAACAGGGGAGGAAGCCCUGGUGUUGACAGCAAGUGUUCAUGAUGGUUCUUCCAUGCAGUUUGGUUCCCAGCGUGCAGAGGUCUUCCUCAGGAAAAGGGCUAGCCUUGAACAGGACUUUCUUAACUUCUGUACUGAUGAGAUUGGUGGAAGCUCAGCAGAUGAAAUGUGCAACUCUGCAGAUGAUCUGGAGGAAGAAGAAAACAAAGAAUCGAAAGGGAGCCCAGCUGUAUCACCAGUUAUUCAAUUCUCCCCAUCUCGGACAAGGGAGCGAACCAGCUCUCACCGCCUCUCCUUCACUGAGAAAGAUAAAAAGGACAAUAUGUUUGAGGUUGCCCAGAACUCUGAUCCAAUCAAUGACAGCGCCUCCUCUGUGGCCAGUUUUGCUGAGGCUCAAGAGGAGGAGGAGGAGAAACCAACUGCUGGAAGUAAAAGUGCUCUGCAGUGUAAGGUGUGCUCACGCAACUUUCGGUCGUACAAGACCCUUAGUCAGCACAUGAGGCUUCACAUGGCAAAGUCUUACAAGUGUAAUACAUGUGGUAAAAUUUUCACUCUAAAGAAAAGUUACCUUCGACAUUUGAAAAGUCACAGACUGCAAAAGGAAGACAAGGUGUUUGAGUGUGGACUAUGUAAUAAAUCGUUUGGUGACCUGUAUUCCUGGAAGAGGCACAGGGAGGACCAUGAUGCCAGGAAACACUCUUGUAACCUAUGUGGGAAGUCUUUCUAUGAAAAAUACUCAUUACGUGUACAUCAGACUAGUCAUUUCUUUCCAUCUCUGAAACAGGACAAAACCUCAGCCAUGUCUGCAGGUCUUACUUGCCAUAUAUGUGGUAAACUGUCUAAGACCAAGACAGCAAUGAAAAACCACAUGCUUACCCACUCAGCAAAGAAGUUCACCUGUGAGUUCUGCAAUAAGAGGUUUUCCCAGAAGUACAGCUAUGUUCGCCAUCGUAGAAUACACACUGGUGAGAGGCCUUACAAGUGUGGAGCUUGUUCCAAGUCUUUCUCUGAUGGCAGUGCCUGGAGCAAACACAUCAGAACUCACACAGGCAUUAAGCCGUAUUCAUGUGAUCUCUGCUCUAAUUCAUUCUAUGAUAAGGCCCAGUGCAAGACUCAUAUGAAGCGGAUACAUCAAGUACAGGGCAAGAAGAUGCCAGUCUUCACUAGGUCUGCAGAUGAUGGCACAGAAAACUUGAAAGUAUUUAAGAGCAAAGAAAGCACUAAAACUUCAAUGACGUUUACAGUUCCCAAAACAAAGAGCAGUUUGUAUAAAGAGGACAUGAAUUUAAGGUUGGAUGUCAGUGACAAGGAGUCUGAGGAUUCACAGCUGCUGGACUCUGGUUUCGGAAAUGAUCUCCUUACCAGAAGUAAAAGUCCAGAUGAAAGGUACAGAUCUUCUAUCAUGGAAAGUCUGUGUCUUGAUGAAAAGUUCCAGUCAGACUUUGUGGAAAGAAAUAUGCCAAACAAGCCAAUAGAGUCGGACAAUGAGCUAAUUUCUGCCACCUUUCCUGAGGACACAGAGAUACUAGAUGCUGAACUGGACUCUGAACCUCAGAGCAUAUCGAGGAAGAUGUCAGUUGAGCAGGACGAUAUGCUUAAGAUUCCAGCUCCUAAGAAGAAACGUAAGACAAAAAGAAUUGGCUAUCGAAAAUCAACGUACAGAAAGUAUGUCUCUGAUUCUCCUGCAAAAUGUAAGAUAUGUCAUAAAAAGUUUCAACAAGAAACCAUACUAAAGCAGCAUCUGCAGUUUCACUGUAUGUUGAAGCUGUACAAGUGUCGCUACUGUGGGAAACAGUUGUCUUCCAAAAACAGUCUGAUUCGUCAUGAAAGGAUCCACAUUGGUGAUCAACCCUGGCAGUGCCACAUCUGUAGUCAAACGUUCACGGACAACUACAGCUGUAUCAGGCAUAUAAACAAUACUCACUUCAUCAAAGAAACAAAAGGAACAAGUACCACUACCUCAAAAACAUCUCUAAACUCAUUCAAGAAAACCGACAAUCAGUUUAUUUAUCAUACAAAUGAAGCUAGUGCAAGAAAAAGAGAAUCAUACAUUGAGCCAUCAUUUUCAGAAUCGAGGAUCCAGGUAUCUCCUAAAAAGAUAGCUUCAUUCAGUCCAAGCCCAAAACUAGCAUCAAGUCCAAUGAGCAAAGCAAGUAGUAAUACCGCUAAACCAUAUGAUGAAUACUUUGUCUCUCAACAAGAAAAUAAGAGUAUGCUUAAAUCACCUGUUCAUGCAGGAGUCGACAGUAAGGUAGUUCUCAGCAGUUUGGAUAAAGAUCAUAAUCAGUUAAACCAGUCAACAUUGUCUAAGUCAUGCUCUAAUGAUCAAAAUUUGUCUAAAAAAAUGACAACUUUGCAAGUGGAAAUCAAACCAACAAUUCCAGUACCACAGAAGCCUGAGCAAAAGCGUUUGUUCAAGUGUGCUAGAUGUGCAACACUGUUCCCCUCGGAGCAGCAGUGUGUGGACCAUAUCAAAGAAACAUGCAGCAAACUGCCAUUAAAUUUUACCCAGUCUAAUGUGCAUGUUCCUUUUACUCAGGGUAUCACUGUCUCAGCUAUGCAGGGUAGUACAUGUACAACAUCAGCCUCACAAAACAGUCAACUUUUGCAGAGAAGCAACUUUUUUCAGUGCUAUAAAUGCAAGGCUGUGUUUAAAGACAAAAGUUUAUGUCAUUCCCAUAUAGCCAAUGGCUGUCAGGUGACAGACACAGAAGCUGCAGUACAGUCCAUAUUGCCUGAUCCCAUCACUCCUGAAGUAGUUCCCAAUGACCUGGAGCCUCUGCCACCACUGCCUUUCCUGGAGGUGGAACCAGAAAAUAGCUUCUUCAGCAUGGCAGACACCAAGUUUCUUUUACUGUCGGCAGGCCAGACGGGAAGUCAAGAAGCCAAUAGCACCCCCUCUACGCCUCCCCUGGCAAUCCCUGGGAAGUCAGCCUCUGAGAAACCAGUGUCUGUGCUGGCACCGCAGCCAUUCAUGCCAAGUCCGGCCCCCCUUCCUGUAUCAGUUAACAACUCAACCUUGUCAUUUAUACCACACAGUCAGCAAGGCCAGGGAACAAGUGUGGUACAGUCAGGUGUGCAAUCAGCGGUCAGUCUAGCUAGUGAAAACUACUCAACUGUGCUUCAAAAGCCCAUUUUAAAUGUUGGAAACAGUAAUUUUGUUGUCUCGAAACAAAAUGUAUCUUUUGCUAGUAAGAUACCUUUAUGCAAACUGCCUAGACAGAGAGUAGAGAAGAGAUGUUUUGGAGACAUCAGUGAGAGAACAUGUUCUAUAUGUUCUAAAGUGUUCACGAAUAAACAUAUUCUGAAGCAACACACACUGACCCACAUGGAACGGAAGUUUGGGUGCAAGUUUUGCAUGAAAAAGUUCCAUAACAAGUAUGGGCGGGACCGACAUGAGCGAAUACACACAGGCGAGUGUCCAUUCACCUGCCCUGUCUGUAAGAAGGCCUUCAGAUACAACAGCACCUUUUACAAGCACACUCGUGACUGCUACCCACAGAAAUGAUGGAGGGUGCUAAUGCAAAUUUUACUAGAGCCAUAUUUAUAGAAGAACUUGGUGAACAAUUCCAACGACCCACUUUUUCACUUUAAUCAUUUUUAAUUCCGUCUACUUCUUAUUUAAUUAGGUGCAUCUAUUAAUUUGACCAGUUUUUAUAAAUCUUAAACAAGUUGCUGAUGUGGGCCCAUUCUACUGGCAUGACGUUUUUGGUAUUUUUUAUACAAAUCUUGUACAUAACUGCCUAUUUGUAACAAAGGGCAAAGGGAGAAUAACACUAUAAUACACAGCUUUCUGUACAAGUUGUCUCCCUUAAAGUAUUCUUUUGAUAGGGUUACACCAUUACAAGGGUCAUAAUCAAGUCAUGCAAUGCAUUGGCAGCUGUUUUGGUUCAAGAAGGGAACUCUCAUAGAUAUAACUACUGUAUAAGUUUGAAUGAGAUACUGUUAACUCUGUUUAAGGAAGACACUGCGCUAUUGCAUAAAAGCUCAUUGACCAGAACAGCUAAAAAUUAGGUGUAAAACUAAUGGUGAUUUUCACUAAAUCCAGUUUAAAAAGAAAUGCAAUUUUCCAGGAAAAUAAAAAUUACACUGAAGUUGUUGUAUGAAUAUGGAUUCUGAUGUGUUUAUAAUUAUUGUUUAGAUUUUUACCAUGUAGAUUGUUGGGAAAGUUCUUAUUAUUAUUUAAAUUGAAUUUACAAUUGUAUAUACAUUUAUUUGUUGUGGUAAAUUGUGAUACUAUGGUCUUUAUGUUAAAUUGUAAAGGUAUGGCAUAAAAUGAGGUGCACAUGGAGUAUAUUUCCUGUAUUUAUUGUUUGAUUAAUAAUUUAAUAUACAUGAUAACACUUAUUGUAUUUUACAUUUAUUUUUUUAUCUAAUGUUACUAGUCUGUUUUAACUGGUACAACAUGUGACCUGGAAUGGACGUUCCAAGGGAUGAUGUAUUACUUGGUCUUAUUUGAUUGUUUAAUGAGACAUUAUGAGAAAAGAAAAUGAACUGUUUAUCACUGGUUACUCUGCAGGGCUUUAGUAUAACCAAUGACAGAAAUAUCGUAAAAUAAAUGUUAUGAUUUA